AGUAGGAUGCUGUGACUGGGGAAGAAGUUUCUGGGCCCAGUAGAAAAUGUAGGUAGAUUUAGGACUAGGUAACAGCUCUGGGGGACUUGUCCCCGCCCAUAAGAUCCUGAAGGGCCCUCCAUUUGGGAGGGACAGUUUCCCCCUUGGUGGCAGGCAGCAAGAGGUGUUCAGGGGCUGUGCCCAGCAGGACACCACUGCCCCACAGAGCAGUAGGGAGCCAAGUGGCCAAGAUCUACUGUGGACUGUCUGACUGUUUGCCUGCCUGUCUGCCUUCCUCCUCACCUCAUUCUCAUCACUAACAUCUACGAUUGGCUUGGAAAUCAGAAACCAAUAUCCAUCUAGAUGGUAGAUUUUGAUGAUGUGGCUGCAGUAAACCCAGAACUCUUACAGCUUCCUCCCUUACACACGAAGGACAAUCUUCCCCUGCAGGAGAAUGUAACGGUUCAGGUAGCUGCCAGUCAUCUGACUACAGCCAGCGCCCCAGAGGAUGCACUCGGCUUGUUUGGGUCUUUGCCGAAACAAAAGCGCAGAUCAGUCAGCUCCAAAAUUCCUGCUCCAAAGGAAGGUCUCCGAGGCCGCUCUACUCGCAUGUCCACUGUCUCAGAGGUUCGAAUCACCACUCAGGAGAAUGAUAUGGAGGUGGAGCUGCCUGUAUCUGCAAAUUCCCGCAAACAGUUUUCAGUUUCCACCGGCCCCUCUAGGCCCUCCUGCCCUGCAGUGGGUGAAAUACCAUUGACGAUGGUCAGCAAGGAGGUGGAAGAGCAAGUCCACUCCAUCCGAGACAGCUCUUCUGCAAACUCUAUGAAGUCAGUUCGGAGGAAAUCAUGUAUUGUGAAGGAAAUGGAAAAAAUGAAGAACAAGCGAGAAGAGAAGAGAGCCCAGAACUCUGAAAUGAGAAUAAAGCGAGCUCAGGAGUAUGACAACAGCUUUCCAAACUGGGAAUUUGCCCGCAUGAUUAAAGAAUUUCGAGCUACUUUGGAAUGUCACCCGCUUACUGCAGCUGAUCCAAUCGAAGAGCACAGGAUAUGUGUCUGUGUUAGGAAACGCCCACUGAAUAAACAAGAGUUGGCCAAGAAAGAAAUUGAUGUGAUUUCCGUUCCUAGCAAGUGUGUCCUCUUGGUCCAUGAGCCCAAGUUAAAAGUGGACUUAACAAAGUAUCUGGAGAACCAAGCAUUCUGCUUUGACUUCGCAUUUGAUGAAACAACUUCAAAUGAAGUCGUCUACAGGUUCACAGCAAGGCCACUGGUACAGACAAUCUUUGAAGGUGGAAAGGCAACCUGUUUUGCGUACGGCCAGACGGGAAGUGGCAAGACUCAUACGAUGGGUGGAGACCUCUAUGGAAAAACCCAGAACGCAUCCAAAGGGAUCUAUGCGAUGGCCUCCCGGGAUGUCUUCCUCCUGAAGAAUCAGCCCAGAUACCGGAGGCUGGACCUGGAAGUCUAUGUGACAUUCUUCGAAAUCUAUAAUGGGAAGCUGUUCGACCUGCUCAAUAAGAAGGCCAAGCUGCGCGUGCUGGAGGACGGCAAGCAGCAGGUGCAGGUGGUGGGGCUGCAGGAGCGCCUGGUGAGCUGUGCUGACGACGUCAUCAAGAUGAUCGACAUAGGCAGUGCCUGCAGAGCACCGCUUCCCCCAGCUUGGACCUCUGGGCAGACAUUUGCCAACUCCAACUCUUCCCGCUCCCACGCCUGCUUCCAGAUUCUUCUUCGAACCAAAGGGAGAGUGCAUGGCAAGUUCUCUUUGGUGGAUCUGGCAGGGAACGAGCGAGGCGCAGACACUUCCAGUGCCGACCGGCAGACCCGCAUGGAGGGUGCAGAAAUCAACAAGAGUCUCCUGGCUCUGAAGGAAUGCAUCAGGGCCCUGGGACAGAACAAGGCCCACACCCCAUUCCGCGAGAGCAAGCUGACACAGGUGUUGAGGGACUCCUUUAUUGGUGAGAACUCAAGGACCUGCAUGAUUGCCAUGAUCUCACCAGGCAUAAGCUCCUGUGAAUAUACUUUAAAUACACUAAGAUAUGCGGACAGGGUCAAGGAGCUGAGCCCCCACAGUGGACCCAGUGGGGAGCAGCCAAUUCAGAUGGAAACAGAAGAGAUGGAAGCCAGCUCCAACGGGGCCCUGAGUGCAGGCAAUUUCUCCAAGGAAGAGGAUGAACUGUCUUCCCAGAUGUCCAGCUUCAAUGAAGCCAUGACUCAGAUCAGGGAGCUGGAAGAAAGGGCCAUGGAAGAGCUCAAGGAGAUCAUACAGCAAGGGCCAGACUGGCUGGAGCUCUCCGAGAUGGUUGAGCAACCAGACUACGACCUGGAGACCUUUGUGAAUAAAGCAGACUGUGCCCUGGCCCAACAAGCGAAGCACUUCUCAGCCCUGCGAGAUGUCAUCAAGGCCUUGCGCCUGGCCAUGCAGCUAGAAGAGCAGGCCAGCAAACAAAUAAGCAGCAAGAAACGGCCCCAGUGACGACUGCAAAUAAAGAUCUGUUUGGUGUCAUACCCAGCCUUUCCCCUCCCCUCCCCUCCUCAGCGAACUCUGGGCACCUGGUGGGUCUGAGCUGGGACAGGCUUUGGUAAAUGCGAAGUAUGGGCGCAUCUGGGCCCAGGUUAGCUGGGAGGGGUCAGUCAGUGUGCAAGGGACACAGCUUUCCUUUUCCUCACUUGCAGCCACGAAGGGAAAAAGGAUGGAAGGAAUGAGCUUUUAGUUAUCCUGUGUACUGACUGCCCUUCUCUCCAAGAGGGGAAGGCUCUCCAUCGUAGUUUUCCUCUAGGCAGCAAUCUGGUUGUGUGAACUAGCUGCUGGGGGAGAGCUCCCUGGGGCUGUCCUGGCUCUGUGGGGAGAGAAGGAGCCUAUAGUUCAGCUCUGCUGGCCCUGGCCUGCCUUCCACAUCCUUGGUCCAGCCACUAAUAUAUCUUGUACUUAAAAAAAAAAAGUUUCCUGGGGCCUCUUCCUUCCCUGCUGGUUUUUGAGGCCAAUGAGGAUCCCUUCUGUUUUAUGUGUUUAUACAUUAUGUCUAAUAAUAAAGAGAAAAAAAUCAGCCUGUUGAGUGGUGUGUGGGAAGAGCCUUCUGGGACUCGGACACUACCGCAGGGUAGUGCUGAUGCUGACUCUCCCCAGGAGGCCAUAUCCUCACCU